AUGAGCAUCGAGAAAGCAGGGGGCAGGCUUUGCAGCAGCAAACGCGCCAGCCUGCCCACGGCCCGGCAGCUCCCCGUGAUCCAGAAGAUGGUCGAAUCCAUGGCUCACCUGCAGGAGGAGAAGCUGCGGAUGCAGCAGGAGCUGCUGGCUUUGCAGGAGAAACUCUCCGCUCGGGAAAAGGAAGACAUCGAUGUGUCCGUCCAGCUGCAAGGCCAGGGCGGCACCGACUUGGAGAAGCACCGUGACCUGCUGGCGGCCGAGAACGAGCGCUUGCGGCAGGAGAUGAAGGCCCGCGAGGGCGAGCUGCGCGCGCUGCGGCAGCAGCAGCAGCCGGCGCCGUGCCUGCCCUGCGAGCACGUCCAGGAGAACGGGCGGCUGCAGGAGCGGCUGGCGCAGCUGCAGCGGGAGGUGGAGGAGGCGCGGGCCAAGCUGGGCGAGCUGGACCUCGAGGUGCAGCAGAAGACCAACCGCCUGGCCGAGGUGGAGCUGCGCCUCAAGGACUCGCUGGCCGAGAAGGCRCAGGAGGAGGAGCGCCUCAGCCGGCGCCUGCGCGACAGCCAGGAGACCAUCGCCAGCCUCAAGGCGCAGCCCCCGCAGGUCAAGUACAUCAUCAAAACGGUGGAGGUGGAGUCGUCCAAGGCGAAGCAGGCCCUGUGCGAGAGCCAGUCCCGAAACCAGUACCUGCAGGAGCAGGUGGGCAUGCAGCGGCAGGUGCUCAAGGAGAUGGAGCAGCAGCUGCAGAGCUCGCAGAAGACGGCGGCCCAGCUCCGCGCGCAGAUCAUGCUGUAUGAGGCUGAGCUGGAGCGGGCGCACGGGCAGAUGCUGGAGGAGAUGCAGGCCAUGGAGGACGAGAAGAACCGAGCUAUCGAAGAGGCCUUUUCCCGCGCGCAAGUGGAAAUGAAGGCCGUGCACGAGAACCUGGCGGGCGUUCGGACCAACCUGCUCACGCUGCAGCCGGCRCUCCGCACCCUCACCAACGACUACAACAGCUUGAAGCGGCAGGUCCGUGACUUCCCCCUGCUCCUCCAGGAGACCCUGCGGAGUGCCAGGUCCGAGAUUGGACAAGCCAUCGAGGAGGUGAACAGCGCCAACCGGGAGCUCCUGAGGAAGUACCGCCGGGAGCUGCAGCUCCGCAAGAAGUGUCACAACGAGCUGGUGCGACUCAAAGGCAACAUCCGUGUGUUUGGGCGAGUCCGCCCCAUAACGAAGGAGGACGGGGUGGGCGCCGAGGCAGCCAGUGCGGUGACGUUCGACCCUGACGACGACGCUGUGCUGCACCUCUCACACAAAGGCAAGCAGGUGUCCUUCGAGCUGGACAAGGUCUUUCCCCCUAAAGCAACGCAGGAGGACGUAUUUCGAGAGGUCCAGGCCCUCGUCACCUCCUGCAUCGAUGGCUACAAUGUCUGCAUCUUUGCCUAUGGGCAGACGGGCGCCGGCAAAACGUACACGAUGGAGGGAACGGCUGCAAACCCAGGCAUCAACCAGCGCGCCCUGCAGCUGCUCUUCGCCGAGGUGCGGAGCAAGGCGGCCGACUGGGACUACGCCAUCACCGUCAGCGUGGCCGAGAUCUACAACGAGGCGCUCAGGGACCUGCUGGGGAAGGAGCCUCAGGAGAAGCUGGAGAUCAAGCUGUGCCCGGAUGGCAGCGGGCAGCUCUACGUGCCGGGGCUGACCGAGUUCAGGGUGCAGAGCGUGGAGGACAUCAACAAGGUCUUCGAGCUGGGCCACGUCAACCGGGUGACAGAGUGCACCAACCUCAACGAGCACAGCUCGCGCUCGCACGCGCUGCUCAUCGUCACCGUGCGCGGGCUCGACCGCAGCACGGGGCUGCGCACCGCAGGGAAGCUGAACUUGGUGGACCUGGCUGGCUCGGAGCGCGUGGGGAGGUCAGGCGCCGAGGGCAGCCGGCUCCGCGAGGCGCAGUACAUCAACAAGUCGCUCUCGGCCCUGGGGGACGUCAUCUACGCCCUGCGCUCACGCCAGGGCCACGUGCCCUUCCGCAACUCCAAGCUCACCUACCUGCUGCAGGACUCCCUCAGCGGAGACAGCAAAACCCUCAUGAUGGUGCAGGUCUCGCCAGCUGAGAAGAACAGCAGCGAGACCCUCUGCUCCCUCAAGUUUGCCGAGAGGGUUCGCUCCGUGGAGCUGGGCCCCGUGUCCCGCAGGGCAGAGCUGGGCUCCUGGCCCAGCCAGGAGCAGCUGGAGGGGGACUYGCCGGGGGCCACCCGUGGCCACGCGGCGCCCGGCCCGGGGCCGCCCGCUGCCCGCGCCGCCUCCAUCCGCAGGAAGCUCCAGAGCUCAGGGAGGCCGAGGCCGGUGCCCGUGUGAYGGCAGGCACUGACCUGCCCCGUGCCCGCGGUGCUGCUGCCCGCCGCUCACCCACGCGAGCAACCCAAAGGCUCCAGCACUGGCCCAUGAGCCGCCCCUGGCUUGGUGGCACC